CGCUCGGGCCGGGCCGGGAGGGUCCCCGGGCUUGCGGACGGGCCAGCGGCUGUGCUUCUCGGGACAGACGCAGCGUCAUGCGCAGCCCCCCUGGCAGGGCGCUGCUGCUGAUUACACGCCGGGGCCCGGCCGUGCGUGCGUGGGCCCCGGCAGUGUCCUCUAGGACGUGGCUGGCUUCUGAGUGGAACCCGCUCGUACGCGCGUGGACGUCUCGAAUCCAUGAGCCGUCCCCGGGCCUCCGCUUUCCCGCGCCCCUCUCCCGGCUGCCUGGCGGCGUGGGGCGAUGGGCCACAUCCUCAGCGGCCCGCAGGUGCUGGGUACUGGCAGGAUCCCGCGGCGUGCGUCCCCUGUUCGCCAGGUUCCAGGGAAUUCCAGCGGCAGCCACCGGUGUGCGAGACCUUGGGGAUGACUCCCGGCGGCGGCCCGCGGCGCCACGGCGCUCAGAAGUGUGGAAGCUCCUGGGGCUGGUGCACCCUGAGCGCGGGAAGCUGUCAGCUGCCGUUGGGUUUCUUGCCGUGUCCAGUGUUGUCACCAUGUCCGCCCCCUUCUUCCUGGGGAAGAUCAUUGAUGUCAUUUACACCGACCCGAGCGGGGACUUUGCUGAGAGCCUGACUCGCCUCUGUGCCGGACUCACUUGUGUGUUCCUCUGUGGUGCUGCUGCGAAUGCCGUUCGUGUCUUCCUCAUGCAGUCUUCAGGUCAGAGCAUUGUGAACAGGCUGCGCACCUCACUCUUCUCCUCUGUCCUAAAGCAAGAGGUUGCUUUCUUUGAUAAGACCCGCACAGGAGAAUUGAUUAACCGCCUCUCCUCAGAUACUGCACUCCUGGGGCGCUCAGUGACUGAAAACCUCUCUGACGGACUGAGGGCUGGGGCCCAGGCCUCGGUUGGUGUUGGCAUGAUGUUUUUUGUGUCACCCAGUCUGGCCACCUUUGUUCUGAGCGUGGUACCUCCGAUCUCUAUCCUCGCCGUGAUUUAUGGGCGAUAUCUACGGAAACUGUCCAAAGCCACACAGGACUCUUUGGCACAAGCCACACAGCUAGCUGAGGAACGUAUUGGGAACAUAAGAACCAUCCGAGCUUUUGGGAAGGAGAUGAUGGAAGUGGAGAAGUACAGCAGUCACGUGGACCAUUUGCUGCAGCUAGCACGUAAGGAGGCCUUUGCACGAGCCGGCUUCUUCGGAGCAGCUGGGCUCUCUGGAAACCUGAUCGUGCUGUCUGUCCUGUACAAGGGGGGCCUGCUGAUGGGCAGUGCCCACAUGACAGUGGGCGAGCUCUCUUCCUUCCUCAUGUACGCCUUCUGGGUUGGACUGAGCAUUGGAGGUCUAAGUUCAUUCUACUCGGAGCUCAUGAAAGGCCUGGGCGCUGGUGGGCGCCUCUGGGAGCUGCUGGAGAGACAGCCACAAAUGGCUUUUAAUGAGGGGACUGUAUUAGACGAGAAAAGCUUCCAGGGUGCCCUGGAGUUUAGAAACGUGCACUUCACGUACCCUGCUCGCCCAGAAGUGUCCGUGUUCCAGGAUUUCAGCCUUUCCAUCCCAUCUGGAUCUGUCACAGCUCUGGUUGGCCCUAGUGGUUCUGGAAAAUCGACAGUGGUCUCCCUCCUGCUGCGGUUGUAUGACCCUGUGUCUGGAACAGUCAGUCUUGAUGGCCACGAUAUUCGUCAACUAAACCCCGUCUGGCUGAGAUCUAAGAUUGGGACAGUCAGUCAGGAGCCAGUCCUGUUUUCCUGCUCUGUCGCAGAAAACAUUGCCUAUGGUGCUGACAACCCGUCCUCAGUCACAGCCCAGCAGGUGGAGAGGGCAGCAGAGGUGGCCAAUGCUGCGGAAUUCAUUCGUAGCUUCCCACAGGGCUUCAACACUGUGGUUGGGGAGAAGGGCAUCCUUCUAUCUGGUGGGCAGAAACAAAGGAUCGCAAUAGCCAGGGCCCUGCUGAAGAACCCCAAAAUUCUUCUCCUUGAUGAAGCAACCAGUGCACUGGAUGCUGAGAACGAGUAUCUGGUACAGGAAGCACUUGACCGGCUGAUGGAAGGAAGGACAGUGUUGAUCAUAGCUCACCGCCUGUCCACCAUUAAGAAUGCCAAUUUUGUUGCUGUCCUUGACCAAGGAAAAAUCAGUGAACAUGGGACACAUGAAGAGCUGCUUUUGAAACCCAAUGGGCUUUACAGAAAACUAAUGAACAAACAGAGUUUUAUGUCAGUAUAAUGGAGAGUCCCUGGAGCUGCCACAGGAUCAGCCUAUAAUCCCAGCUAUCAGUAAACUGGAGCAGAAGGAUGGUGAAGACUUCAUCGAGUACAUAGCAAGACCCUGUCUGAAAACAAAAACAAAGCCGUAGGUACUGGUGGGUUGUCUGAGAGACUUUUGAAACCAAUCAGCAUUGGAGAAAACAGCUUAGGACUGUAUGAAACCUGUGGAUCAUACUUCAGUGAUUUGAGACAUGCCUAUUUUCACAAAGAAUGUAAAAUAUUGUUCUAACAUGUACCUGUCCUCUCUGACCUUAUCCAGUUUUAAAGUUGUAACUUUCUAAAUGUCUGAAGCGCGGAGGUUGCCGCAGGUCUUGGGAUGUUUGCUGGCUUGGCACAGCACCUCGUUUCCUUUGCCUGCUGCCAGAGUCAAGCUGUUGUCAGGUGGCGGCUUUAAGAAGGGAACUAUAAACUAAAAGCGUGCCUACUUGAAGCUAGGUUGCCAGUCACUGGGCUCCUACCUGGGGCCACUGGAGGAGAGCUUGCCCUGUCUGACCCCCCCACAUAUCAGCGGACAGAGCUCUGGACGCAGUAGGCUGCAACUAUCUGGGUGUGCGGUGCGCAGCACUGGGGCAUGUGAGGGCCUGAUGCAUUUUGCCAAAGGAAGAAGUCCCAUUCUGUAAACAGGAAAGCCUCUAUUUUUUAUUCACCUCCUUAUUCUAUGACUCCCUUUGAAAAGCAAGGUACCAAUGACCAGGAAUCGCAACAGAAGUGAAUAGAAAUCAGUUUUACAUUCAUUGAAGCAUGUAUCUUUGGGGGAAAAUGCCUGUUUUAAAUAUGUAAUUCUCAGAUAUAAUUUAAUAUUUUAAAUUUUCACUAAUAAGGCUGAAUCAGAAUAAUAUAAUUUUCAGCCUUGAUUAUGGUGGCUCUUUUGCCUUAGCAGCAGAAGCACAGUGACAAAAGGAGCAUCGUCUUUUGGGAAGCGUCACCAUAGGAUGCAUGUUGUCCUGCUGCUGUGGCAAAUGUGGCUGCCUUGCCAGGACCGGGCAAAUGAGGAGCCUGAAAAUUGUUUCUCGAAUAUUCAGACAUGGGUUCUGUGAAGGAGCAGUCUAAAGCCGAGAGGUAGCUGUUACAGCAUCCAGUUCAUCUUGAAGAGGCUAACAGUCAUGAAACAGCUGUUCUGGUUUAAAAAGAAAAAAAUUAGCAUCGUGGCUCACACCCCUAAUCCUGGCAGCUGGGAGACCAAACCCUACAUUACAGUAGUGAGUUUGAAACCAGCCAGGAUGUGAGACCUUAUUUCAAAGACAUUUGAAGAGGUUGAAAGUCCUGCUCCAUGGGGUGCAUGGAGCAUUAACGUGGCACUGCCCCCUAAAAGGAGAUGAGUGGCCUUUUCGCCCACCUACAGUGUCUCUGUUCUUACAGAUUGGCCACAUUUUUUUUUUAUAUCAGUGCUAUUAGUUGGACGUUGCCUCAAGAAGAAGUGGCCUUUUUUCUGCUGCUGCUGUAGAGAGCCGAGGCAUGGCUACACUGAGAUGUAGAUGGACACAGCUGCCAUGUGCAUUUGCCUCUGGCCAUACUGGAAGAAACUUGAUGAAAAGCACAGACUUCACAGUUUAUGUUGUUUGGAAACUUGAGUAAGAUGGGUUCCCUGAGUGACUGCAGUGGCCUUUGAGUUAGUGACCCGCACAUCUGUGACAGUCGUAUCCCAUCACUCACGUGUUACAUAUCCCAUAUCGCAUUAUUCAGCUGGAAGGAUGGUUCUCAGAAGACAGAACAGCUGUAAUCGGGCUGGCGGGAAACCCCUUCGCUCCAUGGAUGUAUUUAAAACACUGAAUUCAGUCAUCACAUUUUAUUUUUCAAUUUGUUUGUCUUUAACAUUUUAUACCAGAUUAAAAUUUAUCGUGAAUUUA